GAGGUACCUGGAACUGGGAGUGAUGUCAGCUCCCAGCUCGGUGCCUGCCCGGAUUCCUGACAUGGUGUAGGGCCGGCGGGGUGGGGAAGGCGGGAGCGGGACGGGAAAGGGUUCGGGCUGAGAGCCUGCGGCGGAGUCGCCGCGCCGGGGCUUUGAACUCGGACGGAAGGUGAACCAGAACUUUUGGAAGUAGUGCCGGCGGCUCUCCACCCCCCAGAUCUAGGUUGGAAUUGGCCCUUGACAAAUAACAAAAUGAUGAGUGACGCAAGUGACAUGUUGGCCGCAGCGUUGGAGCAGAUGGAUGGGAUUAUAGCAGGUUCUAAGGCCCUGGAAUAUUCCAAUGGGAUUUUUGAUUGCCAGUCUCCCACUUCCCCGUUCAUGGGAAGCCUGCGAGCUCUGCACCUUGUGGAAGACCUGCGUGGCUUGUUGGAGAUGAUGGACACAGAUGAGAAGGAAGGUUUGAGAUGCCAGAUCCCAGAUUCAACAGCAGAAACACUCGUCGAAUGGCUUCAGAGUCAAAUGACAAAUGGACACCUGCCCGGAAAUGGAGAGGUGUAUCAAGAAAGACUAGCACGUUUAGAAAAUGAUAAAGAAUCUCUUGUUCUUCAGGUAAGUGUGUUAACAGACCAGGUGGAGGCUCAGGGGGAGAAGAUUCGAGAUUUGGAAUUUUGUCUUGAAGAGCACCGGGAGAAGCUGAACGCCACAGAGGAAAUGCUGCAGCAGGAGCUUCUGAGUAGGACAUCCUUAGAAACUCAGAAGUUGGAUCUGAUGGCUGAAAUAUCUAACUUGAAGCUUAAACUGACCGCUGUGGAGAAGGAUAGAUUGGAUUAUGAAGAUAGGUUCAGAGACACGGAGGGGCUAAUGCAAGAGAUCAAUGAUUUGAGGUUAAGAGUCAGUGAAAUGGACAAUGAAAGACUUCAGUAUGAAAAAAAGCUGAAAUCAACCAAGUCUUUAAUGGCCAAACUUUCUAGCAUGAAAAUCAAGGUGGGUCAGAUGCAGUAUGAAAAGCAGCGGAUGGAACAAAAAUGGGAGUCACUGAAGGACGAACUGGCAUCUUUAAAAGAACAGCUAGAAGAGAAGGAAUCUGAAGUAAAAAGGCUACAGGAAAAAUUGGUGUGCAAGAUGAAAGGAGAAGGGGUGGAAAUUCUCGAUCGAGAUGAAAAUUUUAAAAAGAAGCUCAAAGACAAAAAUAUUGAAGUGCAAAAAAUGAAAAAGGCUGUGGAAUCUUUGAUGGCAGCAAAUGAAGAAAAGGAUCGGAAAAUAGAAGAUCUUCGACAGUGCCUGAACAGGUACAAGAAAAUGCAAGAUACAGUGAUACUGACCCAAGGUAAAAAAGACCAAGAUGGCGACUUUGACGGUCUGCUCACUUCUGGUUCCAUCUCCACUUUGCUGGAUGCACAGGGUUUUAGUGACCUGGAGAAAAGUCUAUCAUCUACACCAGUCAUGGGAUCUCCCAGUCGUGACCCAUUUAACACAAGUGUUCCAGAAGAGUUCCACACCAGCAUCUUGCAAGUUUCAAUCCCUUCAUUACUGCCAACAUCUAAGGGCUUGGAAACGUCUGAAAGAGCAAAAUUGCCUCCUCAACCAGAGACUUCAUUCGAAGAAAGUGAUGGAAAAAUAAUCCUCGGUGCUUCUGUUGAAACCCAGCCGUGCGAUAGUCUUUCAACUUCAAGUCUGCAAAAGUCCAGCAGCCUGGGCAAUCUGAAGAAAGAGUCAUCAGACGGGGAAAAGGAGUCUGUUCAGAAGCCUCCAGAGGAUAAAGCUCCGGUAGAAAGCAGCCCCUUCAGGAGCCUCCCUCCGAAAGCUCCGGGGCAUGACGCAUCUGUGGACGACAACCCUUUUGGCACUCGGAAAGCCAGAUCGUCCUUUGGGCGUGGCUUUUUUAAAAUAAAAAGUAACAAGAGGACAGCAAGUGCACCAAACUUGGAUCGUAAACGAAGUGCCAGUGCACCCACCCUAGCUGAAACAGAGAAGGAGACAGCUGAGCACCUAGAUCUGGCUGGUGUAUCUUCCCAGUCGAAAGAUUCGCAGGGAGGCAGUCCCUUCCAGAUAUCUCCACCAUCGCCGGAUUCCAAAAAGAAAUCCAGAGGUAUCAUGAAACUCUUUGGAAAACUUAGAAGAAGUCAGUCAACUACAUUCAACCCAGACGACAUGUCUGAGCCUGAAUUUAAAAGAGGAGGGACAAGGGCAACUGCAGGGCCACGACUGGGUUGGUCUCGAGAUUUGGGACAAUCUAACAGUGACUUGGAUAUGCCAUUUGCCAAAUGGACCAAGGAGCAGGUUUGCAAUUGGCUUGUGGAACAGGGCUUGGGGUCCUACCUGAAUUCGGGCAAGCACUGGAUUGCAUCUGGCCAAACACUUCUGCAGGCUUCUCAGCAAGAUCUGGAGAAGGAACUUGGGAUUAAGCAUUCACUUCAUCGAAAGAAGCUCCAGCUGGCACUGCAAGCCCUGGGGUCCGAAGAAGAAACCAACCAUGGAAAGCUGGAUUUCAACUGGGUCACUAGGUGGUUGGAUGACAUUGGUCUCCCCCAGUACAAGACCCAGUUUGACGAAGGUCGGGUAGAUGGUCGAAUGCUCCAUUACAUGACUGUUGAUGACUUACUGUCUUUGAAGGUCGUGAGUGUGCUACACCAUCUCAGUAUCAAAAGGGCUAUCCAGGUCCUGAGGAUCAAUAACUUUGAACCUAACUGUCUGCGGAGGCGGCCGUCUGACGAGAAUAGCGUCACCCCGUCCGAAGUUCAGCAGUGGACCAAUCACCGGGUGAUGGAGUGGCUGCGCUCCGUGGACUUGGCAGAAUAUGCCCCCAACCUCAGAGGCAGUGGUGUCCAUGGUGGGCUCAUGGUUCUAGAACCUCGUUUUAAUGUAGAAACAAUGGCUCAGUUAUUGAACAUCCCACCAAGUAAGACCCUCUUGCGAAGACAUUUGGCCACUCAUUUCAACCUUCUGAUCGGGGCCGAGGCCCAGCACCAAAAGCGUGAUGCCAUGGAGUUGCCAGAUUAUGUACUCCUGACAGCCACGGCCAAAGUGAAGCCAAGGAAACUUACCUUCAGCAAUUUUGGGAAUCUGAGAAAGAAGAGACAGGAAGAUGGGGAAGAAUAUGUUUGUCCAAUGGAACUGGGACAUACAUCAGGAAGUACCUCUAAGAAGGGAUUUAAACCUGGAUUGGACAUGCGCCUGUAUGACGAAGAUGAUUUGGACCGGUUGGAGCAGAUGGAGGAUUCAGAAGGUACGGUGAGACAGAUAGGGGCGUUCUCCGAAGGCAUCAACAAUCUAACACACAUGUUAAAGGAGGAUGACAUGUUUCGGGAUUUUGCCGCCCGUUCCCCCAGUGCCAGCAUCACUGACGAGGACUCCAAUGUUUAAUCUGAGCACUUGGACGAGCAUGAGGAGCCCCUCGGCUUUCCUCCACCUGAUUUCUCAAACAACUCAAAGAAUCUAGAACAAGCAGCAGAUUAUACACGAUUGAUCAUUCCACCUUCUCAGAAGUGGACACGGAGGGCUGGGUUGCGGGGGGGGCAGCGUGUGCCUAUUCCGAAGACACCAUGAAAAAUGAGACACUGGUGAAUGAGAGUGUAGUGGUCUGUCCUCUAUUUAAUGUAAAAAUCUGUGAUAUAUUAUAUUUAAAGUGUUGCAUUUAAUAUGAGUGUUUUACUGUAGCGUUUCACGUUCCCAUUCAACAGUACACGGGAUUUGGGGAUCAGGAAGCAGUGCGUGGAUGAUCUCAUCACGUCUGUGUGGCAGCACUGUAGCUGUCAGCGCAGGACAUUACAUGCUUUCAAAAUCCGUAUGUGGAAUUUCCUCAAGUGUUCCGCGUGCCCGCUAAAUGCCAGCGGCCACCUCCACUUGCCUCUUCUUGUCCUAUUUUAUAUAUUUUUCUAAAUACGUGUAUAUAUUUAGUACAUAGAAAACAGAACUUUUAUUUUGUGACAUAGGGGAGAUGAUGAAAAGCGAAUACAGUGCUCCAAACGGUCAUAUACCAGCUGGUCCUCGAAAGGUUGGGAUGAUCUCUCCUUCCCCACAACUAAAUUUUAAUGAUAUUAAAAAUGAUGUUAAUAUUGAUCAUCCCAACUAAAUUAGGAUAUAUGAAAUACCCCUUCUCUGAUGACACAUCAC